AUGGUUAAUGUAAAAAGCUGGAAAGAAUACCAAAGUAAAUCUCUGGAAAUGUUUAACAAAGAUCCAAAGAGGUAUCGUUACUGCCUCAAGUUUAGAUCGAAUAAAGGCGAUUUAGUGCUUAAAUCUACCAACAAUGAUGAAUGCUUAAAGUACAAGACCCAAUCAACUUCAAUUUUGAAUAGAUUCGAGCAGUUCAACCGUACAUUGAUCUACAAUAUGUCAAAUACACCAAUACCCGAACUUCCUCCAGUAGUUGAACAACAACAGCAACCACCAGCUAGCCAGCAACCUUCAGAAUCCAGCAGCAGUAAGAAGAAGAAGAACAAGAAGAAGAAGUAGUGUUUUAGAAUUAGGUAAUGCAUAAUAAUUUACAAUUACUUCACUAAUGGCAGUGAACUUAACUUCUUUGGUGGUGUUUUCAUCGAUUUUGGUGCACCACUCUCCAUAAUCACCUUGAGCAUCUCCUUAUUCAUUCUGUUAGCUUCUUCGAAGCGUGGUUCGAGGAAUUUCGCAGUUGAUUCAAACUUUUCCUUAUAAUGAGUAAAUGAACCAUGUUCAAUUACUUCUGACCAUCCUCUCGUAGCGACGACAAAUUCCGUAUCGUCUGCUCUGUGACUUGUGUCAUACGCUGCAGAUUCCAAAGCAAGGUUUAAUCUUUCAGGUGACCUAAAGAGAUAUUCCGCAACACCAAUCCACAUUCUAAAUAAUGGUGUGCCAGCAACAUCCAAAUGAUCGAAUGGAUGUAUACCAAGUUUGUGCCAGCAAUCAACCAUUGUUAGAAUUGUAAGGUGGGAGUUUCUAGCUGAGCAGUGUUGACUUGAUGGUUGAUGCAAAGAAAACCUAUCUAAAAGUGUGUCACUGAGUAAUAUUGGUGUACGUUCGCAUUUUUCACCAUUUGCACCAGGUUCUACACCAUCUUUGUAUCCGAAUACUGCUCUUCUUGCUUCCAAAGCACGCUGUUUCAAGCUUUCGUAGUCUCCUACUACCAUCAACUUGAACAAAUCGGUCGCAGAUGUUGCGAAUUGUCUGACUUGAGCAUGUGCACUUGGAUUCAAAAUAGCGAGACCGGCGUAAACGUGCCACUUAUUGGCGUAUAUACGUAAAGCGAUAUUGCAUUUAACUACUUCAAUUCCGUUGACGUAUCUAUCUAAUUCCCAUGGAUAGCUUUGCGACAUGUUCCAAGCUGUACCCAUACUAGAGAUAUGAUGAGCUUCAAACGAACGAAUUGGCUGAAUACUUACCUUAAGAAAGCUGCGUGGGUGACUGCCUGUGUGUUUGCAGUGACGAUGUCAUGUUCCUCAUAAGUGAGAUAUACGUAUCGACUGCGAAAGCAGUCAAAUACUUGCUCUGUUUUGCGCAUAACCCAAUCCGGAGAGUUAUGUUGAAUGAGAACCUGAAGUUGAUGAGGAGAAAUAAAACGCAAAGCUAGACACUUACCAAUGGCUGACCUUCAGGGCUGACAGUAGGGCCAUGAAGGGAGUGUACAGAAACAACGUGCACAUCCUUUGGUAAGUGUUUCUCGAAUGCCGCUCUUUCUGGUGCUUUCACGGAUGUCUGACCGGAUACGGUAGCACCAACUUUGGUAGCUUAGAUAUGUAAGCCAGGUGUACACAUAAAUGAAGAGCAUGUGUACCCACAUGAGCCGUAUUCUGCUACUACUUUGUCAAUGAAUGCCGCUUCGACUGAGUAAAUGAUGAAAUCGG